AUGGCGACACGCUCUACGCGGGCGGCAACUCCACGGGCGGCGGUGGCAGAGCUACAGCAGUGUUCCUUCCUAUCCUGGAGCUCUGCAGGCAGCCGAGGUGCAGCCGACAGAAUCCCAGAGGCAGCAGGAUGCAAGCUCCUGGGCCGGCACCUAAUCAGCUAUGAGUCCAGCAGGCUCCUCAGCAGCGACCCAGCGGACAAGGCGGCGACGAAUGACGUCUUGGGCUCAAGAGCAUGGUGGCAGGACCAACCUGACAGAGCAUUAAGCCUGAGCAAAGCACCUGAACAGAGCUCCGACCAGUACCUCGGCCAGAGCCAGUUCAAUGUAACAGCGCCCUGUUCGUUGCUAGGCCGAGAAGGCCCUUAA